UGCCCUUUUACAAUUUACAUGAGUUAGGUAACCGUUUUUUGUGUACGAAGCGGUCCCUUCGGGAUCAGCUGUUCGCGCAUGUGCAUCUGGCGCCGCGGGGGGCUCCGCCAUUGACGUCGCGCCGGGCGUCGGGCGCAUGUCCUUCGCGCAUUAACUGGAAAGCGUUCGCUGGACACACACGUAGCCGCGCGCGCGUUAACCUACGUGUUUAUCAGUGCAUUGUUUAGGUGACUGCGUCAGUGGGAGUAGUUAGCGGAGCGCCCCACUGGGCCGGUCGCCAGCAUGGACGCGCUUUUGGCAGCGCUCGUCGCCCUCAUGGCAUUAGCCGCCGCGAUGGCCGCCGUGCUCAGCACGCUCUCGAAAGCGGCGAUACUCGCGAUCCUCGCGAUAGCGCCUUGUGUGUACCGAUACAGGAAACGGAUUUAUGUGAUCGUGAAAACCUUGCCCAGGGAUACCAAAUUCCUAUGGCGGUAUGCAAACGCAAUGAUCCGCUCCAAACGGUGGGGCCGACAGAACCGCACCGUGGCAGACCUCUUCACGCAACGCGCCCUCAAGAACCCCGAUGCGCCGUGCUUCAUCAUGGUCGGCGAAAAGACUUGGACCUUUCGAGAGGUUGCGGAAUUCUCCAACCAAAUAGCGCGGGUGAUGCAGGAACACAUAGACUUGAAGCGCGGUGACGUCGUGUGUGUGUUCAUGCCCAACUGCGCUGAAUACGUGUGCACAUGGCUCGGCAUGUCCAAGCUCGGCGCCGUGUCGGCCCUCAUCAACAGCAACCUACGGCAUCGCCCGCUCUUGCACUGCAUUCAAGUGGCCAAGGCUAAGGCGAUCAUUUAUUCCGAAUCAUUGGCUGAUGCCGUCGCAGAAUUAGGCGAUCAGCUUCCUCCAGAACUGAAACGCUUCCAGCUGAACGGCGAGUGUGCGGCAGGUGUCAUUGACCUCCGCGCUGAGAUGUACAAGCAUCCACCAGAAUACCCCGUAGUGACCGACAAGCCACAGUACAGAGAUACACUUCUGUACAUUUACACAUCGGGCACCACAGGAAUGCCUAAGGCUGCUGUUUUGCCAAAUUCCAAGUACCUGCUGAUAGUGGUGGCGACGGUGCACAUGCUGGGCCUGAAGCCGUGGGACGUGAUGUACAACCCGCUGCCGCUGUACCACACGGCGGGCGGGCUGGUGGGCACGGGCGCGGCGCUCGUGGACGGCAUCCCCUCCGUGCUGCGGACCAAGUUCUCCGUCACCAACUACUGGACCGACUGCAUCAAGUACAACUGCACGGUGGCGCAAUACAUCGGCGAGAUGUGCCGCUACCUGGUGUCGGUGGCGCCGCGGCCGACGGACGCGCAGCAUCGCGUGCGCAUCAUGGUCGGCAACGGCAUGCGACCGCACAUCUGGCAACAGAUUGUCGACAGGUUCAAAGUGCCGCAGAUAAAUGAAAUAUACGGCGCGACGGAGGGCAACGCGAAUAUCAUAAACGUGGACAACACGCUGGGCGCAGUGGGCUUCCUACCCAAGCUGGUGCCCACCUGCCUGCACCCCAUCGCGCUGGUGCGCGCCGACGACAACGGCGAGCUGGUGCGAGGGCCCGACGGCUUCUGCAUUCGAUGCAAGCCUAACGAGCCGGGCAUGUUCAUCGGCCUGAUCGCGCAGGGGAACGCGUCCAGGGAGUACUAUGGAUAUGUUGACAAGAGUGACAGUAAUAAGAAGCUAGUGCGUGACGUGUUCCGUCGUGGCGACGCGGCGUUCGUGAGCGGCGACAUCCUGGUGGCGGACGAGCUCGGCUACCUGUACUUCCGCGACCGCACGGGCGACACCUACAAGUGGAAGGGCGAGAACGUGGCCACGGCCGAGGUGGAGGACGCCAUCCGCGCCGCCUUGGACCAACCGGCAGUCGUCGUUUAUGGAGUUUCCAUACCUCAGACCGAGGGUCGGGCUGGCAUGGCGGCGGUGGCGGUGUCGGCGGACGCGCUGGACUUGAAGGCGCUGUCCCGCGCGCUCGACCACUCCCUACCGUCCUACGCGAGACCACUGUUCCUGCGCCUCAUGUCAGACAUCGAGAUCACUAGUACAUUCAAAUUAAAGAAACGGCAAUACCAGAAGGAAGGUUUCGACCCUGACGUGAUCAAAGACCCGCUAUUCUUCAGAUCGGGGGCAGACUUCACGCCGCUCACUACUCAGCUCUUCAAUGAUAUAUGCAACGGUCGCUAUAAACUAUAGAACUUUUUCACGCUGUACUUAUGACCAAAUUAGCACCAACAUUUUUUUGUAAGAAGUUGAGGCUGAGUUACUAUCACCUGAGAGUCUAGCCGCUUAAAAGCCCCGUACAUCGAGAGGGCAAAUCUGGCAAACCUGCGUCAGUUCGGUUUUACAGGAUGCGUGCAUACACGAAACAAUCUCAGCAGUUCAUUCGAUGUGUGAAUCUAAUUAAACCGUUUUAUU